UGAUAGCGAUAGUAGUAAUAGUAUAAUAGAAUUCGUAGUAACAAUAGUAAAAUUUUCUUCCCACGAAUCUUUUUGAAUUAUUUUGUCAUCCACCAUUUGAGACGUUCUUGACGUUUCAUCUAUUUCAUUUUGGAAGAGAAAAGAGAAAGAAAGGAGAGAGGGAGGGAGAAAGAGUGAGAGAGAGAGAGAGAGAGAGAAAGUAAAACGUAGAUAAUAUGGAGCAACGGCGAAUCGGAAAAGUGGAGGGAAGCUGACGGAUCCUCGUACGCCGCGCUCGUCCUUGAACGGCUUGAAUGGACACACGGUAGUGGAUGAAAGUGAAAACGAAACUGACCGUACACCGGGGGCGGCGUGGGAGGUGGAUUCUCUGUGAUAUGGAGAACGUCGACAGGACGACGAAUCCUUCGACGACUUCCUCUGUAGCGAAUAUUUCUCUGACACACACGGGGGUCGUCCGACGAGGAAACAUUUGCCACGUAUACGACUCGUAAAACGUUCGAAGAAGCGAAGGGUCCAACGUAGAAUGGCGUUCUGAACGAUGUCGUACGUACGGUGGAACGUUCAUUGACGUUCGAACUUCAGCAUCCAGAGCGUGUACAACAACGUUGAUGGACCAUGAAAUGAGGAACUUGCGUUAAUAGGCAAAUGAAUUUUAGAGGCUACAAACCCGGUGGAUCGUGUGUGCAGUGCCACCCUCUUUAGAAUUCCCCGUCUGUGGAGUAAGGAGCUCGUAAAAGACAAAGGGGGUUGGUGUUAGAGAGGGGUGGAUGAGCCAAAGCGUAUGAGAGAGAUAGAAGAGAAAGCAAGAAAGAGAUAGAUAGACAAAGAGAGAGAGAGAGAAAGAAAGGGAGAGAAAGAGAGCUAUUGUCUAGUGGAGGGAUAGAGAUAAAGAGAAAGAGAGAAACAGAAACAGAGAUAGAAGAGAGAAAGAGAAAGGAGAUAAGCAAGAUGGGAGAAAGCUCACCGGAUCUUAGCCUCCGGCUUCGACGUGGAAGUUCGGACUCCCGAGACUCCUUCUAUAUGGACUUCGCUCAGGGUAUCGAUUCGGAUAUCGAAGAAGUAGCCAGGCCAGGUGACAAUUGUGACUCGUUGUUAGAGAAUCAGUUGGACGAGAAUGGUUGCGAUCUACCGUUAUUGGAGGAUAUUACGACAAUACCGGAGGAGGCAUCGGAAGAAUUGAGAGAGGAGGAGGAGGCAGCGGCAUUGGAAGCUGCGUCGCGUACCACCGACGUUCCUGUAAUUAGUAUGGAAAUGGAGAAAUCUAGCAUAGGAUCUACGAUGACGACGACGUCGACGUCGAUGACGACUACGACGGCGACGACUACGACGACGACGAUUACGACGACUAUGACUAUAACUAUGACGAUGACGACGACGACGACGAAUACGAUGAUGAUAACAAUGACGAGUACGACAACAGUUAUGACGACAACUACGAGCCCGUCUACAGGUGUUGGAACUUUCUUAACUGCAGCAGCUGCUGCUGCUGCGGCUGCAGGCACGGCUACGAGGCAAGACUGGCCAGGAUUGCCAGCCGCUUUGCCAUCACCGGCCUCGCCAUCUGCGGUAAUCGUUUCGCCGGAAACGCUGUCUAGACACAGUAGUAGCUCACCCUCACGUGCCCAUCGGUCACCUCAGUAUGCACUGGCCCUACCAUGUUCCUCUCAGCCGAUACCAACGGUUUGUUAUCCAGCACCGACCUUCCUCGAGGUUGCCGACGAUCGCAAGUGGAAGAAUCUCGGAUGCGACGCUCUUGCGACGACCCUGAGUGCCCUGUAUGGAAAACUUCUCGUCGUAAUGGGAAUCGCCUUUCCCAUGGCGGAAGUGAUAUCUACCUAUAUACCGCCAUCUUUCUACGAGGCAUUUUACCUUUACCUAUACUUUGGCAGCAUGAUCUUUCUGAUGUACAUGUAUGGUAUGCUACUCAGGGAUGGCAAACCAAAGCCAAAAAAACAAAAGGACGUAUGCGAUUUGGAUUCAUCGAGAUCAUCGAGCGGUGCUGGAGGCGAUAGCGAUGCACCUGAUACAGGAUGUCCUCAUAUGACGGUGAUACGACCUAUACAACAUUAUGGUAGUUUUUAUCUUAGAAUGGGCGCAGUCGCUUUUGGUAUCGGUUCGAUGAUUUAUUCUGGUCUUGAAUUUGGCCAAUAUUUCGAGUUGGAACGUAACACCAAAUGUCACAACAUAAUGCUGGCACUAACACCAGCUACUAGAAUGGCUUUCAUCUUCAUUCAAAUGUACUUCAUAUUUCUAAACAACGAGGAUUUCAUGUUGCAGCAAAUGAAGGUACAUCGUCAUCGGAUAGUCGCGCGUUUCGGUCUGAUGCAUAUGAUCGGUACGAAUCUCUCCGUUUGGUUGAAUGUUUUGGUUCAAGAAACGAAGCACGAGAUUCUCACGUUUUACAAUCCGGAAAACAAUUCUCUGAGGAUUUCACAUAGACUAGGUAUGAAGGGUGGAUUCCAUCUCGGUGGACACAGCCAUGUUCAUCAUGGCGAACAUCUGAGAGUACCAAGAGGAUUGAAGGGUCCUCAUCAUAUGUUCGAAUGUAGAAGAACGAAUAUCAUGGGAUCGUUGGUUCAGGACGCCAGUCCGUUUCUUUUUCCUUGCACGAUAGAGUAUAGCUUGAUAUGCGCCGCUAUUUUGUACGUCAUGUGGAAGAACAUAUCUAAAACAAUGUUCGCGAAAACAAUGACUCCUCCGGGAUCUCGUCAUCACGCUCACGCUUACAGAAGAUCGCCGCAUCAUUACAGCGUCGACUGUGCCCGUGCCCACAAGGGUCUCUUCGUCGGCAUUUUUAUAUUGGUGCUAACGAUAAUAUCCUUGAUACUAUUCUUCGUCCUAAUAUCUCGUCCAGAGUUGGUAAGCUUGGCGGUAACGGAAGUAAACAUUUGCGAGUUGACACUUUAUGGAAUGUCUACUCUGGGAACCCUAAUAGGGAUGUUUCAAAUGCGUAAACUUCGUUACGACGGUGGUAGGAAUUUGGAAUUGGACAAUAUACUUUUAGUAGCCGCACAAACUGGUAUGUUCAUCUAUUCGACGUUCACGAUCAUUGGUGGACACUUUACACUACAGAAACACACCGUCUUAGUAUUGGUGACUGCUUUGGCAAGCGUAGUUCAAACCACUUGUCAGACUAUCUUCAUAUUAGACGCUUCGAGAAGAUCGGUAGCUACUGCGAAACAAAUAAGAAGAAAGCCAGGUAGAGAAAUCGUCACAUUUCUUUUGGUGACUAAUCUGGCUAUGUGGGCGAUUAACACGCUUGAAAAAUCACGAGCUGAGUCGCAUCCGGUGCAGUUGCAUUUUUACGGUCUUUGGGCCUGGACCAUAAUAACUCACGUUUCCAUGCCGCUGGCGAUUUUCUACAGGUUUCACAGCACCGUUUGCCUCUGCGAAGUAUGGAAGAGAGCGUACAAGGUGAAACCGACCUACAUGUGACGUAAGGGGUCCCGUGAAGUCGUCUGGAAGACCACGGCCCCUCAACGACCCAGAACCUUGCCGGGCAAACUCGACGCCAUUGCCGAGAACGAUCCGUCAUCGUAUUUCAUUUAAUUGAUACGAUAAUAUUCCUUCGAGACAAAAUUUUCUAAUCGCCUCACAUUUUUUACCCUCAUCUUCCCUUCCCUAUUUUCCACCCUUUCCCCUUCUGUUCCUUUUUAUCUAGUCCUUCGAAGAAGAAGAAUAAUAAGAAGAGGAAAAAGAAAAAAAGAAACGAAAAAAGCGGAGUAUCUUUCUCGUCGUAUUGCUUUCUAUAUAUAUAGUUUUCCAAAAAAAAGCUAUAUACAACUUUUACGUUUAUUAAACCUCUUUAAUUCCACAGAAAUAGAUUUAUCUUUUUAGAGAUAGAGAAAUCGUUCGAUUCAUCGAAAACGAGAUUAUACUUCGUUCAUAGAUUGAAUUAUCGUAGGUAUGAUAGGAAGGAUCGAUCGUAACGAUUCCGAUUGGUAUAAAAUACUCAUUGGAAUCGUCAAUUAUAAUACGACGAGAUAAAAGAUGAUGAUAAGGAUUAUAAAACGGAAGGACGAUUUCGAUUCAAUAAGUAAUAAGUAGGAAUUAUACGAGGAGUGACAGAUCAGUUACGCUUUCCGUAAUUUCUGUUCAAUCGAGAUCCACCAAAUAAUAAUAAUAAUAAUCAUCGGUACAACAAUUUCUUCGCUCUCACGGACAUCCGUCUUCCAAGUAGUACAAACUACAACUUAAAUAGUACUUGUCGCGUCCACGUAUAAGUGAUUUAUCUAAAGAAAAAAAAAUAAAAAUAAAAUAAAAUGAUCGAAAGAAAAGGAAAUAAAAAUAAAAUAAUUAUUUAAAGGAAUUAUCAGGAUAAUGGUUGGGGGGUUUGCGAUUGAUAGUUGAUUUAGAUAUUUUAAACGUUAGGUCAAAUCCAUUUAGUCCGUUCGUCGUUAUUCAUCGUAAUUAUUUAUUGAACGUUGGAACAAGUCUGGAUGAUAGAUAUCACGUACAUAUUACCUUCAUAUACAUACAUACAUGCAUACAUACAUACAUACAUACAUACAUACAUAGAGACACGCAAAGAAACAAACAAGAGAUUCUAAAUUAUCGUACAGAAUAUCGUCUGUAUGAUCGUAAUAACGUCAUAGAGUAGAUAGAUAUUCACGUUCGUCCCAUCGAAUGAGAUAGUUCUAUAGCACGAGUCUCUAGUUUAUUCUACGCGCACGUAGAUAUACCCUAGGAUAAUAAUAAUAAUAAUAUAUGUAUAAUAUAUUUAAACCGUCAUUUUUUCUUAAGAUUGAAUCUUUUAGCACUAUCAUUCACAGUGAUAAAACCGUCGUUUAUUCGAAAUAUAUGAUAUAUUAUAGUAUGUACGAACGUACAUACAAAAAUCCAUACAUACAUACAUACAUACAUAUAUGCAUACAUACAUACAUGCAUACAUGCAUACAUAUAUACAUACAUACAUACAUAUAUGCAUACAUACAUAUAUGCAUACAUACAUACAUGCAUACAUGCAUACAUAUAUACAUACAUACAUACAUAUAUGCAUACAUACAUAUAUGCAUACAUACAUACAUGCAUACAUACAUACAUACAUGCAUGCAUACAUACAUACAUACAUGCAUGCAUGCAUACAUACAUACAUGCAUACAUACAUACAUACAUAUAUACAAAUACAUAUAAUAUAAUAUAUUCGAAUAGAUAGGAAAGAAAGAAAACAAAAGAAAAGAAAAUUAUGAAGAAAGAAAAAUUUGAGAAAAAAAAUGGGAACAGAGUACAAUGGCUAACCAUAUCACAAAGCCUUUUAAUCCGUCGAGAGUGCUGUCCAAAGCUUGCGAUAAGCAAAUGGGGGAUCAAGAUCGAUCGUAAUUGAAAUGCGAUCGUAAAUCUGAGAUGACCUACUCGAAUCUUUAUUAUUAUUAUUAUUAAUAGUAGUAGUAUUAAUAUUAUUAUUAUUAUUUUAUCAUCAUCAUCAUCAUCAUCAUCAUCGUCAUCAUCAUCAUUAUUAUUAUUACUACUAUUAUUAUUAUUACUAUUAUUAUUACUAUUAUUAUUAUUAUUAUUAUUAUUAUUAUUAUUAUUAUUAUUAUUAUUAUUAUUAUUAUUAUUAUUAUUAUUAAUAUAUAUUAUACGAAUAAUAAACGUCAGAAAAAAAUCUGCGAAUGUGAGAAAGAGAGAGAGAGAGAGAGAGAGAGAGAAAGUACGAGUUUAUUUGUAUGAGUGUUCGUUGAGCGAACGCGUAAGAAUCAUUCAUGUAUUUGUAUGUGUUUAUGUGUGCGUGUGUGUGCUUGUGUGCAGAGUAGUAAAGGAAGAUAAGAGAAAAGAUAUAAAAUCGUAGAUUAUAGUAAUAAUAAGAAACAUUUAUAUAGUUAAUGCGUGUUUUGUGCUAGACGCUUUAUUAACGUACAGUUUAUCGCAAUGACUAUAUAUAUAUAUAUAUAUAUAUAUAUAUAUAUAUAUAUAUAUAUAUACAUAUACAGUUAUAGAUAUAGUUAAUUAAUCGGUUGGAACGAACAAAAUCGAAUUUUGUAAUAUAUAUAUAUAUAUAUAUAUAUAUAUAUAUAUAUAUAUAUAAUUAUUAGACUAGUCUAAGACGGCUGUAAAUACGGAAAGGAUCCUCUCAGUGUUUAGACUAGUGAUGUCGACAUGAUUCUCUUCCUAUAUUAUAUAUAUACACACACACACACACACACACACACAUACAUACAUACAUACACAUACAUACACACAUAUACAUACACACAAAUAUAAAUCUCUUUCUAUAUAUAUAUAUAUAUAUAUAUAUAUAUAUAUAUAUAUAUAUUUAUAUAUAUAUAUUUAUUAUUGCGUUGUUCUAUUAUAAUAUUUAUUAUAACGUUAGUUGUAAGGUUUAAUGCGCGAAAACGUUAUGUUUAUUAAAAACGGGACUCGCGACGAGAUCUCUGUCUCCGAUUUGUAGUUCAUAUUUCAAAGAGUCAAAGUAUAAAUUUUCUCAUUUUAAUCUAGUUCCUCUCUUUUUGUUUCUCUCUUUGUCUCUUUGUCUCUCUCUCUCUUCCUAUCACUGUUUCUCUUUCUUUUUCGUGUACUCUCGAUGCACAUUCUUGAUGCAUUUUCGAUGCAUCCUACUCCUACCUUCUUUCUAUUCCUUGAGAACAUUGACGAGGUCUCAGCGCGAGUCUUUCUUCUUGAUGAUAUUACAUAAAACGCAGGGGAAGUCACGAACUGUUUCGGUUUCUACUCGCCCCGAUAGAUAAAGUAAAGGAAUGAAGGAGCAAAAUAAUGAAAAAAAAUAAUAGUAAAGAAAAAAGGAAAAAAAAAGAAAAAAGGAAAGGAAAAAAUGCAAAAAAAAAAGAAAAGAAAGCAAGAUAUCUCUUUAUAUGUCACGUCUUUAAACUACUGUACUUUUUCUAUGUCCGCAUACUCUAGUUCCUAACGCAAUAUUUGUACUCUUAUACCCUUUGUACUAUUUGUACCUUACGAAUUGCAAUACACUCGUCCGCAAUAA